GGGUGUAGUUUUCACUUGGAAAGGUACAGUAUGAGGGUUUGGUGCGGGCUUUUACUGCUGGCCAUUGCCGGCGGCAGUGCGACUGGCGAGAAGGUACGGUUCGACAAUUAUCGGGUCUACGAGGUGAACCCAAGCAAUGCCGAGCAGCUGCAGGUUCUCCAGUAUCUGGAACAGGUUCCCGAUGGGUAUUCCUUCUGGGAGAUGCCUGUCCAAGUUGGUAUGAACGUCCGCAUGGUUGUGCCGCCGCACAAGUUUUCUGACUUUGAAGAAAUGACUGCGCGACUUGGCAUGGACAGUUCGCUGAAGGUUGAGAAUUUGCAAAAGCUUGUAGACAACGAACGCCCGCAGCGCAGAAAGCGGGAAGGAUUCGGUUGGGAAGACUAUUACACCAUGGAAGAGAUGUACGCGUGGUUUGAUGAGCUGGUCGUCCAGUAUCCUGAUAUCCUCCGUAUCGAAUCUUACGGACAAUCCUACGAGGGACGUGACAUGAAGGCGAUCAUUCUGUCGAAGAAGGCAGGAAACCCUGGAAUUUUCCUGGAGUCCAACAUUCACGCCCGUGAAUGGAUCACAUCGGCUACGGCGACCUGGAUUCUGAACCAGCUGUUGACCUCCACUGAUCCGGCUGUGCAAGAUUUGGCCGACAAUUACGACUGGUAUAUCUUGCCAGUAGUAAAUCCGGACGGUCUAGCUUACUCUAAGGAUAUCAACCGCAUGUGGCGAAAGAAUCGUACAAAACACAACGUUCUGUGCUACGGAACUGACAUGAACCGAAACUUCCCUGGACACUGGAUGGAGGGUGGAGCUUCAACUAAUCCUUGCAGCGACUUAUACGCUGGACCGACAGCUGGUUCCGAAGUCGAAACCCAAAACGUUAUGAACUAUUUGAUCCAGAACAAGGACAAAAUCGACUUCUAUCUAUCAUUCCACUCGUACGGGCAAUACAUGUUGUUCCCGUUCGGGCACGAAGGUGCCGACUAUUCGGAUAACUAUUACGACUGGAUGGAAAUGGCGGAAUCGGCAGCUGUUGCACUCUUCCGUCGUAACCAGAUCGCAUAUCAGCUUGGAACCACUGCUGAUGUUUUGUACGUUGCAUCCGGAGUUUCUCCAGACUGGGCCCAUGGUGUUGAAGGGAUCCCGAUUGCUAUUACCUACGAAUUCCGAGACACUGGAUCGCACGGGUUUAUCCUGCCGGCCGAACAGAUCAUUCCGAACGCGGAGGAGGUCCUGGACUCGCUGGUGGCUUUCAUGGGCAAAGGCAAAGAGCUGGGGUAUUUCCCGCGAAGAGCUUGAAUUUCAUAACUGAACGUUGAUAGAGAAGGGUGAUAAGAUAGGCAUGAGCGCCGCAUUGUUUAGAAAGGUUGAUGGAAUUGUACUAGGUUGGUGAUGCAAAAGCUAUCGAUGCUAAUGAUAAAUACUCGCUGACAGUGAUAAAGAGUGA